UUUCAGCUCUGUCCAAAAUUCUUGCACACCAACUCUACCAGUCACACCUGGCCUUUCAGUGCCGUUGCAGAACUCAUAGAUAAUGCUUAUGAUCCUGACGUGAGUGCUAAACAGAUAUGGAUAGACAAAACGGUGAUAAAUGACAAUAUAUGCUUGACGUUCACCGAUAACGGAAAUGGUAUGAACUCGGAGAAGCUGCACAAAAUGCUAAGCUUUGGCUUCAGCGAGAAAUCUGUGAUGAAUGGCCGUGUUCCAGUGGGGCUGUAUGGAAAUGGCUUUAAAUCAGGGUCCAUGCGCCUUGGAAAAGAUGCCAUAGUCUUCACUAAGAAUGGGGAAACAAUGAGUGUGGGCCUGUUGUCCCAGACUUACCUUGAAGUCACGAAGGCAGAACACGUCAUGGUUCCCAUAGUGACGUUCAACAACCAACGACAGAUAAGCAAUCUAGUGGAAUCCAAAAACAACCUGAAGGCCAUCUUAACACAUUCUCUAUUUUCUACUGAAGAGAAGUUGUUGGCAGAACUGGAUGCUAUCAUGGGGAAAAGGGGAACAAGAAUUAUCAUUUGGAAUCUUAGAAGAGAUAAAAAUGAAAAAACAGAGUUUGAUUUUGAGAAAGAUAAAUACGACAUCAGAAUUCCAGAAGACUUGGAUGAAACAGGAAAAAGAGGCUACAAAAAACAAGAGAGAAUGGACCAGAUUGUUCCAGAAAGUGACUACUCGUUACGAGCUUACUGCAGUAUUUUGUAUCUGAAGCCAAGAAUGCAGAUUAUUCUACGAGGACAAAAAGUGAAAACGCAGCUGGUUUCCAAAAGCCUCGCAUUUAUUGAGCGUGAUAUAUAUAGGCCAAAAUUUUUGAAUGCUAAAACAGUAAGAAUUACUUUUGGAUUUAACUGCAAAAACAAAGACCACUAUGGAAUAAUGAUGUACCAUAAAAAUAGACUCAUCAAAGCUUAUGAAAGAGUUGGCUGUCAGUUAAAGGCAAACAAUAUGGGCGUUGGUGUAGUUGGGAUUAUCGAAUGCAACUUCCUAAAGCCAACUCAUAACAAGCAAGACUUCGACUACACAAAUGAGUACAGACUUACAAUAGCAGCACUAGGAGAAAAACUUAAUGAUUACUGGAAUGAAAUGAAAACAAAGAAAAAUGAAGAAUAUCCCUUAUCUUUGCCUGUUGAGGAGAUACAAAAGCAGCCUGACCAGACCUGGGUGCAGUGUGAUGGAUGUCUGAAAUGGCGGAAGCUGCCAGAUGGAAUAGAGCAUUUGCCAGAUAAGUGGUACUGCUCUCUGAAUCCUGACCCACAAUUCCGGAAUUGUAAUGUGCCAGAAGAACCUGAAGAUGAUGAUGUAAUACAUCCUACUUACGAAAAAACUUACAAAAAAAAAGACAGGGAAAAACUGAAGAAACGACUGGAGUACAGCCACCAGCUCUGUAACGAAAUGUUUUUAAAAACUCCAGUUUCUUCAAGUAAAGACUUUAAAACAUUCUCAGCUGUGAGUGGAAAGGAAACUGUUCCUCCAAGAUCAGUUUUACCAGAAACAUCAAAUGCUUCUGUCAAAAGACCUCUACUUGUUUCAAAUAGAUCAGUAUCUUCAGCAGAUUCUGAUAACAGUCUUAAACGAAGGGCACAGAAUUGUUUGACAUCUGUGACUUUAAAGACACCCCGGUUAACUGAAACAUUCAGUAGUCACACUGAUGGUGGUGGUGAUGAUGAUGAUGAUGAAGAUGUCAUCAUUUUAGAGGAGAGCAGUACUCCAAAACCUUCAGCAGAUUCCGACGUUCCUGUCAUAAAAGCUGAAUGUGUUAAUUUGGAUCAGGAAGGGAAGCAGGAAGAGGAGUGCAACGUCAGAGAACCUUGUAGUGCAACCGCUUCAGAAUCAAAAAGUGACCAGUUGACUUCAGCGACACAGACUGAGCUCCCCAAAUUAGUCGUUAAAAAGGAAGAGGUGGAAGAUGAUAUGGCUAUUCCAGUGCCCAGGUCAGAAAUGGAAACGGAACCGCAGAAUGUACCAGAUGCUUCUGAGACAUCUGCGAAUGUUGGAAAUGCCCUGAGUGAACUGAAAAAUCAGCUGCACUUAGUAAACAAAGAAAAAGAAACAUACCAAAACAAGUGUGAAGUGUUAACCAGUCAAGUGGAAUCACUGGAGCAAAUGAUACUAGAAAUGAAUAAUAAGUAUGUGAAAAAAGAAAUGUGCCAUCAGUCAACUGAGACGAUUCUUCCAUUUGAAGAAGGAAAUGUUCACGAGAGAAGUUUGGGUGAAGUGACUGUUCUGUAUGAACAGGCCUUAGAAGAAAUAGCAAAACUGAAGGAGCAAUGCAGUACUCUGCAGACCUUAAAAACUGAGUGCACCAGCUGUGCUGAGGGUGGAAAUAAGAAUGAGGUGGACGAAAUCGCUGUGCAGCUGGAUGAUGUUUUCAGGCAACUGGACAAAUGCAGCAUUGAGAGAGACAGAUAUAAAAGUGAGGUUGAACUACUAGAAGUGGAAAAAAAUCAACUUGCCUGUCAGUGUGAAGAGCUCAAAGCAGAAGUCGCACAGUUAAAAGCUUCAAUUCCCCAAGCAGUUGCACACGCAAAUGAUUCUACAACCAGUAAUGUAGAAGACUCGGUAAAUUUUUCUGAUGGAGAAAGCCUGAAACUACGCUCCCUUCGAGUGAAUGUUGGACAACUUUUGACUACAAUCAUGCCUGAUCUAGACUUGCAGCAAGUAAAUUAUGAUAUUGAUGUAGUAGAUGAGAUUUUAGGACAAGUUGUAGAACAAAUGCAUGAAAUCAGUAGUACUUAAUACUUCAAGGUAUUAGCAGACUCCUGCUUCAUCUUCCAUUAUAACCUUAGUGUAGGUUCCAAAUUGUAAAUACUGCCUCUUUGCUUUAUAUAUUUGACAUCACUUGAUCAAUAACUGUAUAUACUCUGUAUGUUUAGUUGUUCCCACAGAUGCAGUGGGUGUUAUGUUAACUUCCUCUUAAAGGAAUAAUACUGAUAUGACUAACCUGAUGUACUUAAUUAAGAAUUUUGCUUUUAAAAUGUAUUUGUAAUUAAAUUUUGCAAAUAUUUUUAUUAUUAGGAAUCUUAAUAGUUUUCUACAGAAGCCUUUUGGUUGACUUUGGAUCUUAAAUAAGCAUUAAUACUUGCCAUUAUUUUCUUCCUCCAAAAUAAUAAGCAGUGGAAUAUGUUUAA